UCUAGCGGCUGACAGCAUGUUGUUGUGUCGGUGGUGUGCGUGGUGUGUGGCAGGAGGACUGGGAUUUUCUUCGUUCUUCCUCUUCUCAUGAUGAAGAAGGUUGACGAUAUGGGGACCGACUCCAAAUUACCGACGGUGUGCGAAAUCUGUGAAGAUCUAGACUGGCGCGCCACGGAGCUGACUCCGGUCCCUAUCGGCGGCGGCGGGAGGAUGAAGAAGAACGACAACACCCUCGCCGAACCUGUAGAAAUCAAGGUAGUUAUUGACAGCGGCACCCCUCAGAGCCCCAGGGAGCCCAUGCAAGUGGAGGCACCCGGAGAGCAACCUGUGGUGCACCUGCCGGACAAGCGCGCCGAGCCUCUCGGAGACAAACCGCGCAAGGACCCGAAACGGCCGUCAAAACUCAAGGUACCGACUAAGCAGGAGAUGAAACAGGAGAACCUCAUCAACGGCUCCAUGGCAAAGAUGCAACAAGAGACGAAAUCGGCUCCUGCUACACCCAUGGUCACGCCGUUCCGAACGCGGCAGAACGCAAAGAUCUCCCGCACGAGUAUGGGGAAGCCUGACAUUCCUCGGUCCCUGGGAUACAGAAUCAGGAAGAGGUUUCUGUCACUGUUCUAUCCAGCAGACACUAGACUUUCAUUGAAACUUUUUGGGAGCAAGAAAGCGCUAGAGAAGGAAAGAGAGAGACUGCUGGAAUCGGGUGUUUGGAUCAUACAUCCUUACAGUCACUUCAGGUAG